GGUGCAAUCAAAUGUACUUAACAAGGCCCAAGUCCUCUAAAGGGCGCAGCAGACCCGCUGUGAACAGCUCCUUGUGUUCAAGCCCACCGGAGUCUCCUGAGGACAGCAGAGGUGAUCGCAGGCCGGACAGAAUCCUCCGCUCUCAGUGUCAGCCAGUGAGCCAAGAAGAGGUUCUCCACAUGCUUCAGCAUGCUCCUGCCGCCCCGCCACUGUCUUUAAACCAGUACAAGGUCCUCCCGUCCAUAGAGAGGAGGCAGUCAGAAGCAAGCCUGGAUGAAAACUUAUCGAAGAUUUCCAGCUCUGAUGAUGAAGAGAGGAGGCCUGACACGGCGCCAGAGGAAACCAACACUGCUCCGACAACAGGCAGCCUUCUUCUUGCUGUGAGAGCGCCGUGCGGUCGGAGGUUUGAGCAGAACUUUGAGCCCACCGACAGCCUGCGGAUGGUGAGAGCCAGCGCCGAGGACAGGUACGGAGCCAGCUACAGAGGGGCCUUCAUCAGCACCAUGGAGGUGCCUCGCAGGACCUUCACUGAGCUGGAUGUGACGUUGGCGCAGUGCGGCAUCGUGAACAGAUCCCUGCUGUGCAUCUCUCAGAAUCAUGACAGUGCACUGGAUGAUGAGAGAAAAAUGAUUUAUUUUGCAGGUUAG